CAGACGGCCAGUGGAUGUGUCAAAUCGCUUCACCAUCCUUAUGAACCGAACAGACUCAUUUGAAAAGAUUUGUCCAAGAAAACGCGGGUUGCACGAUCAAGGACCUGAACAUGGACUAAAGGAUAAGCCACCACUGUUUUGUUUUCACCUGCAACGAUGCGGAACCCACAAGCAAGCUUGUUAGCUAAAGUAGCAAACCACCCUGCCUGUUAGCUAACACUGCUAUAGGUAGCUAGCCAGCAAACAAGCUAAUCAAAUUCGUGGUCGUGGACAUUUGUUUUGUUCAACUCAUCUUUUCAACUCCGGCAAGUCCAAUAAGUAAUUCUCACUGGAUGUUAUUUGUCCAUUUUGAUUUCAUUGGUUCGUUUCGAUUCACAUAACGGAAGAAGCAAUUCUUGAACCGGAGCUGUGGGGGGGCCGCGGACAAGACCCCCCUGGGCGUCCAGGCGGACUCAGCAAGCAGCCACGCGGGACGUGGACAGUGCCAGCAGUGAGGAGCAGCCAUGGCUGAGAUCUCCGCCCUCACUCCUUCUCCUCCAGGCAUGGGCGACCCCUCCCUCCCUCCUGCCCCCUCCUCUCCCCGCGCCCUGCCCAGCCUGCCCCCCUCAGAGUCCCCAAAACAGGCCCUCAUUCCCAAGUCCGCCUUGUACGGUGACCGCACCACGAUGGGAACCCCGACUUCCCCGAGCGCAGAGUUUCCCACGCGUUCACCGCGGGCGUCCUUGUCGGUGGCUGUAAGCGUCCCUGAAAUAGCGCCGCUCUCUGUCCCCGCUGAGACGGCUGUCCCCCAGCCUGCGGAAGGCGCCGUGCCCCCCAGUGAAGAGAGUCGCGGGCCGGACAGCGCGGAGCAGACGGGCAGCCCCGAGGUCCCGGGCGUGGCAGGGGGGGCGUCAGCGGACCCGGGGCAGGAGCCACAGCAGAAGGAGACCGCUCCCUCCCCCGACGGUAAUCCCAGCCCUAAUCUCUACCCCAGUGUCCACAUCAACCCCGCGAGUGCUAAUCCCGCUCCGGGGGACAGCCAGCCCCCCUCCGAGCCCACUGCUCAGACCCCCCCUGAGGUGGCAGCAGUGGCCCCCUCCAGCACCCCUGCUCCUCCUCCUCCUCCCUCCUCCUCCCCCAAAGACUCUGACUCCACCCAAAGUCAGACCAGCGCCUCUGCACCGACAGCAGGAGCACAAGCAGCAGCAGCAGCAGCAGCACCAGGUGCUCCCUCACAGGCGACGCCCCCCCCACCACCUCCGCAAAAUGCCAAGCCAAGGGACGCCGACGCCACCGCCCCCUCAAACCCGUACCCCGCCCCCGCCCCCUCAAACCCGUACCCCGCCCCUGAGCCCAAACCGGCCUCUCCCGCCACACUGGGUGCCUCCAAACGGGCCCUGGAGCCCCCGGGCACCCCGACCUGGUCGGAGCCCCCCGCCCUGGUGGUCCAGGAGUCGGCCCCCACGCUGCCCCUGCCGUCGUCGAGGCCGGCGCCGGACACGCUGAGCUACCUGGAGUCGGCCAGCCUGAUGUCGGGCACGCUGGAGUCGCUGUCGGGGCUGGGCGAGGACGGCAGCUCGGUGGGCUCCGACUCGGAGAUCAACGGCCUGGUCAUGCGCCGCACCGACAAGUACGGCUUCCUGGGCGGCGCUCAGCACUGCGAGGCCAGUGAGAAGGAGCUGCGAGUGGAGGUGGCGCGGCAGAGGGAGAUGAAAUGGCUGGACAUGUUCAACCACUGGGACAAAUGGGUCACUCGGCGCUUCCAGAAGGUGAAGCUGCGCUGCAGGAAAGGAGUCCCAUCCUCACUCAGAGCCAAAGCCUGGCAGCUGCUCUCCAACAGCAAAGAGCUCCUCGACUCCAACCCUGGGAAAUUUGAUGAGCUGGAGAGAGAGCCGGGCGACCCCAAGUGGCUGGACAUCAUUGAGAAAGACCUGCAUCGCCAGUUCCCCUUCCAUGAGAUGUUUGCUGCGCGCGGAGGACAUGGGCAGCAGGACCUGUACCGGAUCCUGAAGGCGUACACCGUGUACCGGCCGGACGAGGGCUACUGCCAGGCCCAGGCCCCGGUGGCGGCCGUGCUGCUCAUGCACAUGCCCGCUGAGCAAGCCUUCUGGUGUCUGGUACAGAUUUGUGAGAGAUACCUGCCAGGGUACUACAGCGCAGGACUGGAAGCGAUUCAGCUGGACGGCGAGAUCUUCUUCUCUCUGCUGCGGCGCGUGUGCCCAAUGGCGUACCGGCACCUGAAGAAGUUCAAGAUCGACCCCAUCCUCUACAUGACCGAGUGGUUCAUGUGCGUCUUCUCCCGCACGCUGCCCUGGUCCUGUGUGCUGCGCGUCUGGGACAUGUUCUUCUGCGAGGGGGUGAAGGUGGUGUUCCGUGUGGGCCUAGUGCUGCUGAAGCAGAUGCUGGGCUCGGUGGAUAAGCUGCGGGAGCUGCAGGGCAUGUACGAGACCAUGGAGCGCCUGCGCAACAUCCCCCCCGAGUCCAUCAAGGAGGACCUGCUCAUACAGGAGGUGAUCACCCUGCCGGUGACGGAGGCUCUGAUCGAGCGCGAGUGCAGCAUCCAGGUGCGUAAGUGGCGCGAGUCCCGUGGCGAGCUCACGCACCAGCCGGCCCGCCGCCUCCACGGCACCCGCGCCAUCUACGACCAGAAGCGCCGCGCCGCCUCCAUCAGCUCCGGCGGCAGCCUGUCCUUCCUGGGCGUGGGCGUGCCCCCGCCGGGCCCCCUGCGCGCCUCCUCCAGCCUGCUGUCGCUCCCGGGCUUCCGCCGCUCCAGGAACCCCUUCCAGUCGCAGCCCAAGAAGGGCUCGCUGUCGGGGCCCUCGGCGGGGGGCUCGGACACCGUGUCCCUCCACGAGUUCAACACGGGCGGCGGCGGCGGCUCGCCGUCCCACCACGCGCAGCACGGAGGCGGCGGCGGCGGGCGGCCGCAGGGCAAGCACGGCCCGAGCCCGCUGCUGGCGAGCGCCCAGGCCCAGCCGGUGGCGUUGUCCCAGGUGCCCGCGGAGCACCAGCACCUGGCCACGCUGCCGCCGUCGGGCCAGAGCCAGCAGGGGACGCCCUCGCGCGCGCUCGCCCCCUCGCCCAAGGUGGUGGCGGAGCAGGUGACGGCCACCCUCCCCUCGCCCACCGCCAACAACGCCCCUCUGCCCCCGGCGAGCGGAGGAGGCGGCGGCAGUGGAGUGGCCUCCGGAGGUGGAGAGGAGGACGGCAGGAAGAAGAAGAAGAGCAAGGAGGAGAAGAAGCGAGAGAAGGAGGAAGAGAAGCAGAGGGCCCGCGAGAGGAAGGAGAAGGAGAAGUCCGACAAGGAGCGGCAGCGGAAGGAGCGCGAGCGGGCGGAGAAGGAGAGGAAGAAAGGCGGCAAAAAGAAGGACAAGGCGGGCAGCGCAGGGGCCGAGGCGGAGGAGAAGAAUGGAGCGGCGGCAGCGCGAGAUUUGGCCUAGUUCCUGCCCCCCCCCCCCCCCGACCCCCCCUCCCCUCCCCUCCGCUCAGACGUCCGGCCUGGCCACAGGGCUGAAGCCCCGGAGAAGAGGAAUGGGGGGAGGAGGGGGAAAAAAAGAGGACAAGGGAACAAAAGACCCACGGAAGGGUGAAGAAAAGAAUGAAAGGAACACGGCUCUCCUGUUGAAACGCAUUUCAUCUCGUCAAAAGGCAUCGCCAUCAUCAACUGGACCACAUUGCCCGGUCACCCCUGGCUAUGGUCCACCUAUUCACCCCUCCUCUCCCUCCCCCUGCCCCCUCCCCCCUCCCUGUCUCCCCCUCUUUUUUCCCCCUGGUCCAGUGUGUAUCUAUUUCCCAAACCCAUGUUCAGACAUCCUGGAAGGAACAGAGUGUUUGUUUGCUCUCAUGGUCCUAAUCUCAUUUCAUUGGACUGGUUUCAUUUCUGUGGACGCGUGUUUAAUUUUCAUUUGCCAUGUGGUGGUGUUCAUGAAGGACUAUAUGCAAAAGGAAUCAAAUCGGACUGUGAAGACAUGCGCUGAAGCUGAGGAGGUUUACAGUGGUGUAUGACAUAGGCAUGUAUAUAGGUUGAACUCUACAUGGUUUAAGGACCCCCAACGCCCAGUGGGUGGUGUCCAGCCAGAAUGCCUGAUUUAAAAAAAAAGAAAGAAAAGAAAAAAAGAACAUACUGUAUAACAAACUUACACCUGGUGAUGAAUCUAUCAGCGGUUGAAGUAGCCCUCAAGCCCUCAAAAUAUAAUUCUGGGUGGUCUGUUGAGUUGUCGGAUGUAUUUAUUCUAGAACUGUAGCUCGUAUGUAUGUACUGUAUGUAUGUAUGUAUGUAUGUAUGUGUGUGUGUGUGUGUGUGUGUGUGUGUGUGUAUGUAUGUAUGUGUGUGCCUUCGUAGAUUAGUAUAGUGUAGUCAGGUCUUGUCUAACUAGUCAAACUGCUCCUGUGUGUCUUUAUCGGUCUCCCAUGUUCCCCCAUCACUUACGUUGACCCCCCUUCUUAGUGGAGGUAUUAAAGGGGUGGGUUGGUGGAGCAGAGGAGGUUAAGAGAAUUUUAACAAGGGAGUUUUGAAGUCGACCCGGUGCAUGGUGUUGUCCUGGACUUAUGAAAUUGUGGGUGUGCUCAGUGUUGUCCUGGCAAGAAAAGAAGAAAAGAGAAAAAAAAAAGAAAAA